AUGGCGAUGGAAGUUACGUCAAAAAUAGUUAGGAAACUGGACAAGAUGAUAAAAAACGAACUCAUUGAUGAUGAGUUGGCGCUGUCUUAUUUGCAUCGUCUUCAAGAUACUGGUAUGACAUUGGACAUCUUGACAAAAACAGGAGUUGGAAUUGUCAUAAACAAAAUUCGGAAACAAUCUUCCAAUGGGGAGAUCACUACUCUUGGAAAACAGCUUAUUAAGCAAUGGAAGAAACUGGUCCCUGAGAAGACCUCUGAGACUGGGGGUAAGCGUUCGCCGCCAAUGUCAGGAGACGACUCAUCUCAGUAUCUGCCUACCGAGGGGAAGAGGGUUCGUCGACCUCCAACAGAUGAUGAGGACACCCGAAAUGAGUCCGAUGCAGUCAUUCAUCACCCGCCCGCCUCUAAUGAUUCUAGCGGCCAUGGAUUUUUUAUGUCUAAGUCCCUUGACACAGACGACCCGGUACGACUGAAGGCUAGGGAAAUGAUUAAGAGUGCGCUAGACGCUAGUCCUCCACCACCGGGCGCCUUUGACGCCGACUACUUGGCAACUCGAAUUGAGAGUGCUAUUUUCACAAUUUUCGGCGUCACUGAUCCAAAGUACAAACAUCGCGUGCGGACGCGGGUAAUGAACUUGCGGGAUAUCAAUAACCCCGAUUUGCGAAUAAAUGUCUUCAUGGGGCACGUUCGACCCGAGCGCCUAGCCAAUAUGACGUCUGAGGAGAUGGCUAGUAAAGAUAUGAAAGAGUUACGAAGCAAGUAUAGUAAAGAGACCAUAGAUGACCACCAGAUGGCUGUGACUGGUGGCACGGAGUCCGACCUCCUUAAAUGCGGCAAGUGUAAGCAGAACAAAUGCACCUACAAUCAGGUUCAAACUAGAAGCGCCGAUGAACCCAUGACCACAUUCGUUUAUUGCAAUAACUGUGGACAUCGGUGGAAGGUAAGCUGGUUGACUAUUAAAUGA